GCUUCUCUCCUUCCGGUCUCCUUGCUGUCCUCCUCUCCUGCAAUGGCAUCUGGGCUGGUGAGGUGGCUGCUGCGGGGGCCUCGCCGACUCCUGGCUCCGGCCGCCCCUGCAGUCGCCCCGCCGGUCCGCGGGGUGAAGAAAGGCUUCCGCGCCGCCAUCCGUUUCCAGAAGGAGUUGGAGCGCUGGCGCCUGCUCCGGUGUCCGCCUCCGCCCACGCGCCGCUCAGAGAAGCCCAACUGGGAUUACCAUGCAGAAGUCCAGGCCUUUGGACACCGCUUGCAGGAAACCUUCUCCUUAGAUCUUCUCAAAACUGCAUUCAUUAAUAGCUGCUAUAUUCAAAGCGAGGAGGCCAAGCGCCAGAAACUGGGAGUCAGCCAAGAAGCCGCUCUUCUCAAUCUUAAAGACAAUCAGGAACUGUCUGAGCAGGGGGCAGCCUUUUCACAGAUGUGCCUCACCCAGUUUCUGCAGGACGCCUUUCCAGACUUGCCCGCCGAAGGCAUCCAGGCUCUCGUCGAUUACCUCACUGACGAGGAAGUCCUGUGCCAUGUGGCGAGGAACUUGGCCGUGGAGCAGCUGACGCUGAGUGCAGAAUUCCCAGUCCCCCCGGCCGUGUUACGACGGACUUUCUUUGCGGUGAUCGGGGCCCUGCUGGAGAGCAGCGGACCUGAGAGGGCCGCACUGUUCGUCAGGGACUUCUUAAUUACUCAGAUGACUGGAAAAGAGCUCUUUGAGAUGUGGCAGGUAGUAAAUCCCAUGGGACUCCUUGUGGAAGAAUUGGAGAGAAGGAAAGUCCCAGCCCCCGAAUCCAGGCUCACCAGGCAAUCUGGCAGCACUACGGCCUUGCCUUUGUAUUUUGUUGGCUUAUACUGUGAUAAAAAGUUGAUUGCAGAAGGGCCUGGGGAAACAGUACUGGUUGCAGAAGAGGAAGCUGCACGAGUGGCGCUGCGGAAGCUUUAUGGAUUCACUGAGAACAGACGGCCCUGGGACUAUUCUAAACCCAGAGGGAAUGUCAAAGCGAAGACCAUUGCCGUCAGCUAACCAGCCAGAGAUGUGGCGGCCUGAAAUUCUGUGAGCAGAGCAGUGAGAGUUGGACGUCAUUUAGAUUUCAAAGCUAUAUGUUCAUCACUCUGAGUUCCUACAAUUAGACAAGUGUUCAUUAGAUGACAGCUUGAUUUUCCUUUUUGUAUUUUUGUGUCCGUGACUGGCUGGUUAGUGGGAGAAAGAAAACCAGAGGACCCCUGUGGCACAUGGGGUGCUGGGGGUUGUACUCAGGAGCUUAUACUUGAGAGUCCAGGGCUUUAGCCGCUGCACCAACUCCCAGGGCCCCAGGGAGGUAUUCUGCUCUCCUACAUUUGAGGGAUCGGAAUUUGAAUCUGUAUAUUCUAUAUGAACUUUGCUGGAAUACCAAUAAAAAAGUUUUAAAGAUGUGA